AUGCUUCGAACCGCCGCUCGCCAGGCCAGCCAUGUCGCGCAAGCGGCUACUGGCACGGCUGCCACGGACGCGGCGCUAUUACCGAAGAUUGGCGAAAAGCUCCACGGAUUCACGCUUCUCCGGUCCAAACAUGUCCCCGAACUCAAGCUGACGGCCCUCCACCUGAAGCACGACAGCACUGGUGCGGACUAUCUUCACAUCGCCAGGGAUGACAACAACAAUGUCUUUUCGGUCGGAUUCAAGACCAACCCACCGGAUGACACGGGCAUUCCGCAUAUCCUCGAACACACCACGCUAUGCGGAAGUGAAAAGUACCCCAUCCGAGAUCCCUUCUUCAAGAUGCUCCCGCGCACCUUGUCCAAUUUUAUGAAUGCCUUUACCGCAUCCGACCACACAUACUACCCCUUUGCGACAACCAACGCGCAAGACUAUAAGAAUCUCAUGUCAGAAGGUUGGCGCAUCGGCCCAGAGAACCCUCAAGCUGCGCCGGAAGAGGAGGGCAGCAAGCUUGUGUUCAAGGGUGUCGUCUAUAACGAGAUGAAGGGUCAGAUGUCUGAUGCCGGCUACUUGUACUACAUUCGAUUCCAAGAUCACAUCUUCCCCGACAUCAACAACUCAGGUGGUGACCCGCAAAAGAUCACGGACCUCACUUAUGAGCAAUUGAAGCAAUUCCACGCGGAGAAUUACCACCCCAGUAAUGCCAAGUUCUUUACCUAUGGCGAUAUGCCCCUCAAGGAGCACCUACAGGAGGUCGACGCCCGCCUCGGCCGCUUCAACCAAACCCAUACUCUUCGGGACCAUCGGCGCCCCGUCGAUCUAAGCUCGGGGCCGGUACAAGUGACAGUGUCUGGGCCGAUCGAUCCCCUCGUGGACCCCGACAGGCAAUACAAGGCCUCGGUGUCGUGGGUUACUGGCGAGACUAAGAACACUUUGGAGUCCUUCUCCCUUUCUCUAAUGGCGAGCCUCUUGCUUGAUGGCUACGGUUCGCCUCUGUACAAGGGACUCAUCGAAUCGGGCCUUGGAACCGACUGGAGCCCGAACACAGGUUACGACAGCAGCCCAAGCCACGCUAUUCUAUCCGUUGGUCUGUCGGGUAUCAAGGAGGCGGAUGUGCCCAAGCUCAAGGCCGAAAUUAGGCGGAUCCUCGAAGAGGUCCGCGAAAAGGGCUUCGAUCUUUCCAAGAUUGACGGCGCGAUCCAUCAGAUUGAGCUCGGCCUGAAGCACAAGACGGCCAACUUUGGCCUCUCGCUUCUGCACCGUCUCAAGUCAAAGUGGUUCUCCGGCGUCGAUCCCUUCGACGCCCUCGCUUGGAAUGAAACGGUCGACGCGUUCCGGGCCAAGCUUGCCAAGGGCGGCUAUCUCGAGGGUCUCCUCGACAAGUACCUGCUCAACGACAACACUCUUACCUUUGUGAUGGCCCCGUCGCCCACAUACGGCCAAGAGAUUGUUGAGGAGGAACAGCAGAGGCUCGCUUCCAAGAUUGGGAAGGCGGCGUCGGAGCUUGGGGGCGAAGCCGAGGCUCGCAAGACGUUCGAGGCGCAAGAGCUCAUGCUUCUCAAGGAGCAGGGCAAAACCAAGACGGAGGACCUAGAGUGCCUGCCGAGUGUGCACGUGGCCGACAUUCCCCGGGAGGCGAAGCGCACCGUGCUUCGACACGAUAAGCUUGGCAACGUCAACGUCCAGUGGCGAGAGGCGCCCACCAACGGACUGACGUACUUCCGAGCCAUCAACACCAUUGAAGGUCUUCCCGAUGAGCUCCGGCAGCUCAUGCCCUUGUUUGCCGACAGUAUCAUGCGCCUCGGAACCAAGGAUAUGACGAUGGAGCAGCUCGAGGACCUCAUCAAACUCAAGACGGGCGGGGUGUCUGUCGGUUACCGCGUAGCGCCUUCACCCACGAACUUUAGGGAGGCAACGGAGGGAAUCGCGUUUAGCGGCAUGGCCCUGGACCGAAACGUCCCGGCCAUGUUUGACAUCCUCCGCAAGCUUGUGGUGGAGACCAACUUUGACAGCCCGGAGACUCCCCUUCGCAUCCGGCAGCUACUGCAGGCAUCUGCGGAUGGUCUUGUCAACGACAUCGCCUCCUCUGGUCAUCAGUUCGCUAGGGGCUACGCCGAGUCCGGGCUCACGCGUGCCGCCUGGCUGCAGCAGCAGGUUGGCGGGCUCUCGCAAGUCAAGCUCAUCACCUCUCUAGCAGGCCGACCCGAAUCGGACGGGCUGAGCGAUGUGAUCGAAAAGCUCAAGAGGAUCCAACAGAUCGUCCUGUCCGGAGACAAGAUGCGCACCGCCGUGACUUGCGGUACCGAGAGUGUCCAGGCCAACGCCAGCGCGCUCGGCCAGUUUUUGUCGGCCCGAGCAGGCUCUACGGCCGGCCUCAGCUCGUCGACCAGCGGCUCCGCCAGCCUCCCUACGGACAAGAAAUCCUUCUUCCCCCUCCCCUACCAGGUCUACUACGGAGGUCUCUCCGUGCCCACUACCUCGUACACGGAGGCGGAGGGCGCGCCACUCCAGGUGCUCGCGCAGCUCCUCACGCACAAGCACCUUCACCACGAGAUCCGCGAAAAGGGAGGCGCGUACGGCGGCGGCGCGUACUGCUCGGCGCUGGACGGCCUGUUUGGCUUCUACUCGUACCGCGAUCCCAACCCGCUCAACACCAUGUCCAUCAUGCAAGACGCGGGCCGGUGGGCGCGGGAGAAGGAGUGGGCGGACCGCGACUUGGAAGAGGCCAAGAUUUCGGUGUUCCAGCGCAUCGACGCUCCCCGGUCGGUCAACGAGGAGGGCAUGAACCAAUUCCUCUUUGGCAUCACGGACGAGAUGAAGCAGACGCGCCGGGAGCGGCUCCUGGACGUGACCAAGGAGCAGGUGCGCGAGGUAGCGCAAAAGUAUCUGGUCGACGGCCUCGAAAAGGGCGCCGAAAGGGUCGCCUUUAUUGGGCAGAAGCAGCCCUGGGUCAACGAUUCCUGGACGGUCCACGAGAUGGACUCGAAUAGCUCGCAAAGCUAA